AUGACACACAAGAACAAUAUACCCACCAAGCGGUCGUCCAAGUCGACGGUCCGCUCUGGUCGGCCGGGCGCAGGGGCCACGCUUGGCGAGACGCGUCCCUCCUUUGGUGCGGCGGCGGCGGCGGCGGCCGCCGUCGCCGCCUCAGCCCACCCCGGCCCCGACUCUUCGUAUGAUGGCCCCUGGCCCACGGCCGAGCUGCACUUCCGCGAGGGCUGGAGCCCCUCUGUUCUGGCGGAUUUCACCCUCGACGACUUGGCGGCCGGCUCCUUCUCCGGCGUCGGGUCUUGCCUGAUCAACCUCCUGUACCGGGCCUUCGAGCCGCGCCCCGGGCGCUCGCGCGACAUCGCCCUGCUGGAGUUUUCCAAGGUCACCCUCAAUUACUCGGAUGUGGACCUUUCCUCGCUCCUGGUGGCCCACAUCAUUCG